GCCAUCAGUCAUUGUGAGCUAUUGCGUUCUCACUCACUUCACUUGUGGGACUUCCAGCGGUACAGAGGGUAACUGCAACGAUCAUCAAACAAUACCUGUAUUGCACCACCUGGAGAUGUUACCUGCGUUGGUCAUCCUUUUGGUGAUUGGUCAGCACAGUGUACGUCCUGAAUCUAAUGAGGAAUGGAUGAAGAUUGCCAAAGACGAACUGAACGAAGCAUUAAACAAACGGGAUUACAAUGACGUCGCCAAAAACGUCAUUCUUUUCCUGGGCGACGGUUUAGGCAUCUCCACCGUCACGGCCGCGAGAAUAUACAAAGGUCAAGGUCAAGGUCGUUCGGGCGAAGAGACCCUGCUUGAGUUCGAGAAAUUCCCGAAUGUAGCUUUGUCAAAGACCUAUAACAAUGAUCGACAAACUCCAGACUCAGCGGGUACGGGAACAGCGUUCCUGUGCGGAGUUAAGGCCAAUCUGGGCACUCUUGGCUUGUCCGGCGCUGCUAGAAGAGGAGACUGUUCAAGCGCAAAGGGGGCGGAAGUGACGUCAAUUUUAGACUGGGCAAUUGCAGAGGGAAAGUCUGUCGGAAUUGUCACUACUACACGUGUCACCCAUGCAACGCCCGCCGCCGCGUACGCACAUUGUCCCGAACGGAACUGGGAGUCGGAUAUUUUAGUUCCCUACACAAACGAGACAUGCAAAGACAUUAAAGAUAUUGCUCUGCAACUCAUAGAGAAGAAGAAGAUUCAGGUAAUACUGGGCGGUGGACGGCGGGCGUUCAUGAUGUCCAACCAAACUGACCCGGAGACCUACGGCACGUCCAAACACAGGCAAGAUGAGCGGGAUCUCAUCAAGGAAUGGCUAUAUCAGAGUUCGAUCGGGGGCAAAUCAGCGAAAUACGUGUGGAAUAAACAACAGCUUGGAGACAUCGAUCCACAGACAACAGACUAUCUGCUGGGACUGUUCGAGGCGUCCCACAUGCAGUAUGAUCUAGAGCGGGACACGUCUCCCACCGGGGACCCAUCUAUUGCCGAGAUGACAUCGAAGGCGAUACAAAUCUUGAAGAAAAACGAUAAGGGCUUCUUCCUCCUUGUUGAAGGGGGUCGUAUUGAUCAUGGCCACCACGCCAAUUCCGCCAAGAAGGCCUUGCAAGAUGUUUUGGCGUUUGAUGAGGCCGUCGCAGAGUCGAACCGUUUGGUCAGCAUAUCGGACACGUUGACGAUCGUCACGGCUGACCACUCGCACGUCUUCACCAUCGGCGGCUACCCAAACAGAGGGAACAAUAUUUUGGGCCUGGUCGACCCCGACUACCCCAAUGGUCCUAACGAUGGAAUGCCCCGCACCACUCUCGUGUACGGCAAUGGCCCAAGCGGUCAAAACCGAGUCAAUCUGACCGACGUGGACACAACGGCAGACAGUUACACUCAAGAGGCGACGGUCAAGAUGCCCUAUGAGACGCAUUCAGGAGAAGAUGUGGCGAUCUAUGCGCGCGGACCCAUGGCGCACCUGUUUCACGGCGUGCACGAGCAGCACUAUAUCGCCCACGUGAUGAGCUUCUCGGCCUGUAUGGGGCUUUACAAGGGCGACUGCGAUCGCGUUACAAGCACAGCAACCACUCUACAGUUCAAUACCUCAGUUGUGUUCUUGUUGUCCUUGUUUUUUUGGUCACGUCUAUGAUCCCUUGAAAAAUAAACCCUAAAUAUCAA